AUGAUCGGCUGCGCUCUCGCGACGCCAAUCGGUCGGUGGGGAGGACGUCGUCUCGGCAUCAAGCUCAUGGCCAUCCUCGCGCUCGUCGGUAUCAUCAUCCAGAUCACGGCGAGCGUGCGGGGCUUCCGGUACUGGCAGCUCGUCGCCGGCAAGGUGGUCAACUCGAUCUCGAUGGGAAUCGCCGCCAACGUCGUGCCGCUCUACAACGCCGAACUCGCUCCCGCUCCUCUUCGCGGCGCGGUCGUCAACAUCUACCAGGCGGUCCAGAUUGUCGGCGUAAUCGUAUCUACCAUCGCUGUCUACAAGCUCAACACGCGCACGGACGACCUCGCGUGGCAGCUCUGCAUCGGGCUGCAGUUCAUCGCGCCGGCUUUCCUCUUCGCCGGCGUCUGGUUCAUGCCCGAGUCGCCUCGGUACCUCGUGUUCCAGGGCAAGCACGACGAGGCUCGCAAAGCCCUCGAGUUUCUCAAUGCCGGCGUCGACGGCUUCUCGGCAGACGACGAGAUCGCGACGCUCUCGGCCGCGUACGAGCACGAGAAGGCGAUUCAGAAACCGUCCAUCUUCGCCGUCUUCAAGGGGUCCGACCGUCGUCGCGCCCUCAUCGCUGUCGGCGUCAUGUGCCUGCAGCAGGCCCAGGGCAGCUCGUACAUGACCAACUACAUCGUUCUCUUCUUGAUCGCCCUCGGCAUGACCGACGUCUUCAAGAUCGUCAUGGCCCUCUACUGCCUGUACCUCGCCGCCAUCCUGUGCUCCUUCUACCUGCCCGACCGGUUCGGUCGUCGGCCGAUGCUCAUGCUCGGCGCGCUCGUCUGCGCGACGGCGUUGACGAUCACGUGCGGCAUCAACGUCGCAUACGGCGACGCCAUCACGUCGGGCGCGCAGAAGGCUGGUCUCGCCAUGAUCUUCAUCUGGUACUUCACUUUUGGCCUCGUCUGGUCGCCUCUCGUCUGGAUCACCUGCUCCGAGGUCUGCUCGGCUCGUGCGCGCGAGCCGACCCUGAGCGUCGCCACGUUCUCGGCGUUCGGCACGUCCCUGAUCAUCACGCUCGUGAGCCCGUACGUCCAGGACCCGGGUUACGGCAACCUCGGCGGCUCGAUUGGCUUCAUCUGGGCGGCGUUCACCUGGAUCUCGAUCCCGUUCGUCUACUUCUUCGUGCCCGAGAUGAAGGGCUUGACCCUCGAGCAAAUCGACGUCCUGUUCGACGCCAAGACGCCGACGCGCCGGUUCGGCGCCACGCAGCUCUUCCUCGACGACGAAGCAGGUGCUGCGCGCGGCGGGUCCGGCAAGGCCUCGCUCAAGGAGGAGGAGGAGUGA